AUGAAUGGGCCCAAUGAAGUCAAUGGUAUCAAUGGACCCAAUGGACCCAGUGGUACCAUUGUCCUCCCUGGCAUCAAUGCGGUCGGUCCAGUCAAUGGUUCCUCUGCCCUCACCGGUCCCAGCGGCGUGUCUGGCUACCCGCUGCCCAGCGCGUCGGGCUCGGCGUGUCCCAGCGGUCCCAGCGGUGUCCGCGGCGCCAGCCCCGCCCCCCUGGGCGCGCUGUCCUCGUCGUCGUCGUCGCCCUCUCCCUUCCCCUCCGCUGGCCUCAGCGUGCGCCGCGGCCGCGGGAAGAAAGCUCCGCACGUGCCCUCUCUCCCUCUCCCUCACCCGCAGAGCGGCCUGCAGGAAACCCUCGAGAUCGACCUCGCCCACCUCGACCCCGCGCGCCGCACCCUCAUGAUCCGCAACAUCCCCAACAGCUUCACGCAGGAAGUCCUGCUGCAGAUCGUGAACGCGUACAUCCGCGACCGCUUCGACUUCUUCUACCUCCCCAUCGACUUCCGCACGCAGUGCAACCUCGGCUACUGCUACAUCAACGUCGUCGACACCGACACUGUCCGCGAUCUCUAUCGCAGCUUCAAUAACAAGCACUGGCCCAAUACGCCCUCGCAGAAGACGUGCAAGAUCUGCUACGCGCGGAUUCAGGGACGCGAUACCAUGUAUGAGCACUGCAAGGAGUGGGCCGUGAUGCAUCUCGGAGAGCAAUUCCGUCCGCUGUUCUUUAAAUCGGUGGAUGUGGUGGUGGACGGAGAGAUAACGCACGUGAUGCAGAGAGAAACACCCGAAGUGGAGAUGCGGAUGAAGUAG